AUGUCGGAUGAACAAUUGAACAAUAUGGGACCAGUUAUGGAUGCAACACCUGAAAUUCAAGCACUAAGUGAACGUCCAGAAAUAAGAGAAGCUGCGAUCGAUGCUUUACAUAAGAAACAUCGUGAGAAUCGUGUACAUCACUUUACUGAAGAACACCGGGAAAAACAUAUAAAUAAUUGGCAAGUAACCAAAUAUGCUGAAGAACCGGUAGCUUAUGGCGUCAAUUAUUUCAUGAAAGUAUCUAUUGGUGAUGGUUUAUUUAUUCAUAUUCGUGUUCAUCGGCAAGAACACCAGAAUAUAUAUGAUUUUUAUUCAUUACAUGAAACAUUUAAACAUAAUGAGGCAACAUGCAUUUUUACAGAAGCUGAUCCAUUAACAUAUUUCAAUUACUAA